AUGGUAGGAGACUUCGCGGGUCUGACCAACAUCGGCGGGCGCGGAGGGCCUGGCGGCAUAUCGCGGGGAAAGCUCGUCCUCGACUUCAUCCUUGAUCCCUCCCUCGAUCUUCCCGAUAACAUACGGCAGUACAUGGGAUUCAACCUGAUGUGGGGCAAUGUGUUCGCCGACCAGGUGGAGAUCAAGUGCGUGAGCAACUGCGCCGUGGAGGUGGACGACGCCGGCUGGCCCAAGAUCGAUACCCUGUGUCAAGGCGUCUACGGCCUCGCCAACGAUCUCUUCGGCGACGAGUUCGUCAAGUGUCCGUACAUUAGGAGGCGAAUUGCCCACAUCUUGGACUCGACGCCCGCGUCUGAAGAGCCGUCGCAAGACGAGACGCGGAAGCUGCGCGAUCGCCUCGCUGCGCUCUUCACCGAACAGCAGCCGCUGCUGCCCGCUGCGACGCAGGCGGCAGGGGGGCCGGCGUCGAUGUCGCUCUGGUCUUUCUUCGCCAAGUUCUUCCACACGUCGGUGAAGAGGCGCGUCCAGCCCGGCCUACGAACGUUCCUCUCCGCAUCGGCCGCGCUCACCGUCUUCUUCCUGGUCGCCUUCCUCGUCUACGCGCUCACCAUUUCAUCGCCUUCGGUUUCGUCGUCUUCGCUCUUGGCUUCGUUCUUUGGCUGCGUCGUCCUGGGCGCGCUCGUGCCGUCGCUGCUGGCGGGACUCUACCACCACCUGCGCAUGCAGCACCUCUUCGUAAAGCUGCGACUGCCGUGGCGUCGCAGACCCGUCUACGGCACCAUCUCGCAGACCGUCAUUCUGGUGCGACGCGAUCGGACGGUCCACUAUUUCUUCCGCGACACCCGCGGCCACACCAUCAAGCCCUGGGAGGAGACCACCUUCAGCUUCUAA